CGAAAAAAAAAAAAAAAAAGGAAACAAAGCGCACGAACCAGGCUGCAACAGUCCGUUCGUUCAUCCAAUUACCCCUUUUGCUUCGGGCCAUCUCGAGAGCAUGUCGGCGCCGCGGCGAGGAGAAGCGACCGUCGUGCCCAUGGCGCCAAUAGCCGGUGCCGGUGCCGGUGCUGGCGCUGGUGCCAAAGGGAGAGGCAACGCAGCGCUCGCGGCGCGGUAUCAGCACACGCUCCGGACACACUCGCGCUUCUACGACGAUGCCGCUCCAUCAGGCAGCAGCAGCAGCGGCAGGUCGACGAGGCUCGCAUGGCAGCGCGCGGCCAUCCUUGCCCUCAUCGUCGUGCUGGGCUACUAUGCCCUCCGGGGACGACUGGAGAUCGGACAGAGCAUCGACGAGAUGCAGAGGCAGCAGGGCCACGAAGACGUGACGUGGUGGUAGAGAGACACACACACACAAGACCGAGGAAAGCGAUGACAGCGACAUGACAUUGUACAUUUGUUUGUAUAACAAGACCAGUCCCCCUUCUUAAAAAAAAUGAAUGAAAAAAGAUACGAUGGGG